UCCCGUUUAAAAAUAAAAGAUCCUGGAGAUGAUUUCUAUGCAACAUGUGUCUAAAUGUGAUUAUUCUGUGGAAAUAACGCUGCCGAUCAUCCUGUCACGUAUUACACGUAGCGGGGUGGACAUGAGGAAAUACCAGGAAGCAAAAACUUGACAUCAGAUCGCAACCUCUCAGGCUCUCCUGUUAAACUACAGACGUACGGUUUUCCUCAAACAGACAUACAGGUUGGUGUAGAUUGAGACAGAGGUCGUCAUGAAGCUGGUGGUCCUUCUGCUCCUCCUCCAGGUGUCCGGAUGUGCAGACAGCAGGUGCUUCUGUCAGGUCACAGGAGAUCUGGAUGACUGUACUUGUGAUGUGGAGACCAUCGAUGGCUUUAACAACAACCAGCUCUUCCCCAAACUUCAAACUCUUCUAGAAUCCGACUAUUUCAGGUUCUACAAGGUGAACCUGAACAAGGCGUGUCCAUUCUGGUCAUCCAGCAGUCACUGUGGUCUGAAGGACUGCGCUGUGAAGCCCUGCUCUCCUAACGAAGUGCCAGAGGGGAUCCGAUCACACAACAAGUAUUCAGCAGAAGAAAAGGAGCAGCCGGUAAAGUGUGAGCUGGCGGAGAAUCUUGGAGCUGUAGAUGUUUCUUUAAGUAAGGAGACCAGAGAAGCUCUGCUAAACUGGAGCAAACACGACGACGAGGCUGAACGCUUCUGUGUUGUCGAUGACGAGGAGUCUCCGGACUCGCAGUAUGUGGACCUGCUGCUGAACCCGGAGCGCUUUACGGGCUACAGAGGACCUGAGACCUGGCAGAUCUGGAACAGCAUCUAUGAGGAGAACUGCUUCAAGCCGUAUACGAUCAAGCGACCGGUAAUUCCCAACCUCUUCCAUAACCGUCCAGAAAGUGAAUCAAAUACCUUCCAUAGCUGGCUGGAAGGUCAGUGUGUAGAGAAGAGGGCUUUCUACCGGCUCAUCUCUGGCCUCCAUUCCAGCAUCAACAUUCACCUGAGUGCCAGAUACCUCUUAGAAGACAGCUGGUUUCAGAAGAAGUGGGGACACAAUGUGUCGGAGUUCAGGCAGCGUUUUGAUUCAGAGCUGACAGACGGCGAGGGCCCCAAGAGGCUCCGAAACCUCUACUUCCUAUACCUGAUCGAGCUGCGAGCACUGGCCAAAGCUCUGCCUUUCUUUCAGCAGCCGUCCUUCAGGCUGUAUACUGGCAGGCCGGAGGAGGACCGUGAACACAAAGAGCUGCUGCUGCACAUCCUGCAGAUGGCCCGAUCUUUCCCUCUUGCCUUUGAUGAAACAUCUCUGUUUGCUGGGGAUGAAAAAGAAGCAGCCAAACUAAAGGAGGACAUCCGACUGGCCUUCCUCAACAUCUCCAGGAUCAUGGAUUGUGUGGGCUGCUUCAAGUGUCGCCUGUGGGGGAAACUGCAGACUCAGGGAUUAGGGACAUCUCUAAAGAUUUUGUUUUCCGAGCGGCAAAUUGAAGCGUUGCCAACGUCCAGCAUCCAGCGACCCAGCUUCCAGCUCAGUCGACAGGAGGUCGUUUCCCUGCUCAAUGCCUUUGGAAGGGUUUCUACAAGCAUCAGAGAGCUGAAGAACUUCAGGUCGCUGUUAGCAGAGGAGUGAUGAAACUGUGGAGAUCAACGCUUCUGCCUCAAUCCUGCUGUUUCAAACUUCCAUCAGAGUUUAACAGAAUUAAUUAUAAGCCUUUAUUAUCUGAGUGGCAAUUUAGUAAAAGAACAAAAACAUUAUCAAACUAUACUUGGACUCCAAAAACGUAAGAACAUCAGAAUGUGGAAUGGCCUUUAUAUUACAUAUAUGUAUUGAUGAAUAAUGUGUGCAUCAAAUUAAUUUUGCAAAAAUGUGGAGCAAAGUGUAGGUAAUUUAUAUACUGCUUGGUAGGUUAAUCGGUAAACAAUACAUAAUCAUUUAUUGAAUUGAUUUGUAUUAUAAUGAUAAUAAUACAAAACUGCAAAUGUCAAAAUAUUGUAAAAUGAUGGUAGUGGUCUAGGUCUAGUGUACUUAAUAUGUACAGUGCCUAAAAAUUGCACUUAAGUACAGUACUUGAGUAAAGGGUUCUUAGUGACUGUCCAGUGCUGCUGAGUGGCAAAUUCAUUUUAAAGAAUUGAGUCAUUUUCCAUUUUGGCACAUUAACUUAGUUGUGGUAAUAUUUCAGUUUAUAAUAUUAUCAUAAUGUGGCUUACAUUAUUUUUCUGGGGUCCUGUAUUUUUUAAGAAAAUGUUCCUAAUUAUAUAUAUGAAAAUAUAUAUAUUCAGUUGCACAAUGUUUUUGUUAUUAAUCUUUUUUCCUAAGGAUGGCACUGUUUGUAAGCAAACCAAUUUUUACUGAUAAAAAUAAAUCAAAUUUCUUUGAAAA